AUGAGCCGAGAAAAAUAUGAAAUUUCUAUGGAUGUUCUAAAUCAAGCACAACCUGAAGGACGAAUGUUUGCGCCAACAAAUGUUGCAAGUGGCAUUGAUAUACUUCGGACAGUCAGUUCGUUGCUCAUCAAGCAAAGGCCAUCAGUAGCAGAAGCCAUUCUCGGCAUUGCUAUGAAGGCAAAGUUUGACGUUCUUACUGACAACAAAGAACAAAUUCUCUUUGCACACGAAGAAUCAGAAUUUUGUCAACGCUUGUGUUGUACAAGUUCUAGGCGUUUCACAUUACAUGUUUUUAACAACAGUCGACAAGAAAUCAUGCAAAUUCAUCGGGAAUUUACUUGUUGCUCUGGAUGUUGUUGGUGUGCCUACUGUAACGGCUGCCGACAAGAAGUAAUUAUUGAAGCCCCACCGGGUCAAGUUAUUGGUACUGUCACACAAGCUGGUAGUUGCUGGAGAAUGCGCUAUGUACUCAAAGAUAUAGAAGAGAGAACUACUCUAACCAUAGUUGGUCCUCGAUGUAUUUGUGAUGGAGCAUGGUCUUGUUGUUGUAAAAAUAAAUUCAUUUUGCUUGGAACCGAUGGAACGACGGAGAUUGGAGCAAUUCAUAAGAAAUACUCUGGCUAUUGUAAGGAAUCUUUCACAAGCGCCGAUAACUACUCAUACGAAGUUCCAUUGAAUCUCGACGUCAAGAUGAAAGCAAUCGUUCUUGGAGCUCUGUUCGUCAUAGACUUCACAAAUUUUUCGACGGUUCCGAACAAUGAUGACAACUAA